CCCCCUUCCGCCGCUCUCGGCGGCUCUCGGCCGCUCGGCCGCGCGAGAGCGAGCGAACGAGCGCGCGCAGGAGCGAGUGAACGAGUGUGCCGUGCGCCGUUCCGGUGUUCCGCUAUUUCUGCGAAGGAAACUUUCGGUCGGCUCUCUCGCAAUGGCCCCCGUUGCUACCUGAAAUCCCGCUGCUGUCGCCCCGACCGCGCGGCUCUUUGCUCGUCGCGACGAGCUUUAAGAUGUGUUUAACAUUUCGAUGAUUUCCGCAUUUGUUCCGCGCGAUUUGUCGACGGCAGGUCGCGGAGGACUCCCGUUUAGACGCUGUCUAAACCGGGGGAGACGGUUAUGUGUCUGGACGGAUUUUGUUUAGUUGCUAGGAUACUCACUUGGCUCGAGAUUGAGUCUCGUUCCUUGCCGAGGACGAUAGCAUCAUCGACGGCACGCUCGAAGAAUCGCUCCCAUUAUCGAUCACGCACAGACCGGCCGACGCCCUUCGUCCAUGUACCAAGGUCAAGGUCGGACCUCGCACCAGCCAGCUCGCAAGCCCUCCUCUUAUCGGACGUACCGGUUCGGCUCCUCGCGGUCCAGCGGUAUACGACUUUUACGUGACGCUUUGUACGCCUCCCAGGAAUUACGUAAUCUAACUUUCAGCCAGACCAGCUACGCCGUUGUUUUUGCGUCGAUCGUAUGCCGGCGCACGCUCGGAAAUGGACGGAAAAAAAUGCGGAAGCCGUUGUUGCCCGAUCGAGUGAGAAGAACCGCUGCGUCAGCCAAUCAUGGAAACAACCUCGGCAUCCGGUCGCCGAGACUGACCGCCUUCGCAGAAUUUCCGCCCAGGAAGUAUUACGAUUCGGAACUGGGAACAUUAACAUUGACUUCCAUGUCAAUUUCAAUGCUCGACUGAAGUUUGAACUAUCAAAGAUACCAGAGCUACGGUAAAUAAAUGCAAUUUACGGUACAUAUACUCGUUUUGGCUCGUUUAAUUGGCUUCCUAUUAGCUGUAUAUUUUAUUUACCAUUUAUCAUUGGAAAUUGCAGAUUGAAGAUUUAUUAUGAAGGAAAAUUAUGCUUUUUAUAUGUAAUUAUACUUUUGAUACGUAAUUGGAGUGAAACAUGGUAAUAUUACGGUGCAAGUCAUUAGUGGCUAUUAUGAUAAUCAACUUAUUAACUCUUUAAACAUUGGAUUUUUUCUAAUUUACUAAAAUA